UCCUACAAUGCUGCACCUCCUUUUGCAGCAAAAAAUUUCCUUGUUGAAGAGAUAAAUAAUUUAUCUGCGGAAAAACUCAAACAAGUUUGUGAAGAAUGCUCAAUAUCGACUAAACAGAGAUCAGCUGUAAGUUUUAAUUACUGGAAUUCCAUGUAUUUUUAUUGUACUAAAUAAAUUGAAAAUCAAGAAUGACUUGCCAAAGCAAAAGCAUGCAAACUGUACUGACAAAAUAACUUAUACUUCCUUAGUGAGACCCCUGUUAGCAAGAUGAUCUCUUAAGACAGAUAGUAGGAGGAGUGUAGGGACGACAAAUUCACACUAAAAAUACCAAAAAAUAAAAUAACAGCUACAUUAAUGAUUCCCAAAAAACACACAUCACUAACAUCGUUGUGUGACAAAGUAUAAUUAACUUUUUUUUCUAUUUUAUUUGAUGUAGGAUUUUUUGCGAGGCAGGCUGCUUGCUCUUUACGCAAGUAUCACUGUUGGAAACUCUCCAUGCCAUAAGUUCACCCAUGUCGAAGGUCACUCAGGUGGCUUUUAUCGCAUUGUUUGUCCUCAUUCUGUGAGUGUACACAAUUUUGUUUCCUUAUUUAAAUUUCUUAUAAGUUAACUCUUGUAAAGUAAUAGUUCAGUCCAUGAUUUUCCAAAGUUAACAUUUUGCACUUUGUUUGCUUAGAACAAAAUUUGAUUAACUUACUUAAAAAUCAAAAAGAGAAUAUUCCGAUUUUUUUUUCAACUACUGAAAAAGUCAAUUUUAGAAGUAAGACCUACAGUUGAAGAUGUAUUAACACCAUGGAAUGAUUAAAGCAAAAAAAUAUGGUUUUUUUCAAAAAUGUGACUUGGUAUUAAUUUCAUCAUGUUCUCACUGCUGCAUACAUUGUAACAUUAUCACUUGUGAAAACUUAUAAGGGGCCUUAUAGGGGGCAACCAUUUUUCUGGAGGGGGGGAUUUUGAAAAAAAUUUCCUGCAAGUGCUUUUUGGAAGAAAAAAAUGCAUGCAGCACAAAUAUAAACAGUAAUCCUUCAGAGCACUGAGAAUGGAAAAUUAUCCCACACUUCCUUACCCACCAGGUAAGGUGACCAGAUAUCAUCCACUACCCACCCCCAUCAAGAGUUAAUUGUUCAGCCCCUCAAGAUUUCCUUUUUCUGUUAUUACUUAUAUGUUAAGAUGUGUCACUUACACUAUUGCUUAGUUGUUCAUUCCUACAAUCUGAUUUUAAUUUUAAAUGUUUGUUUGCAGUGUACUGUUGCAUCAAAAUUCCUUCUUCUGCAAGAAUCUGUCCGUGACGCUGCUGACUUGUACCUCAGCCUGAAAUACCCCCCUCCUCUUUUAAUCUGUGAUACACCUUGUACUCUGGCACGUCACAUUGAUCAGAGGUGUCCGGAUGUUGCAGAACAACUUUGGGGUGACAAUGUGGGGUGCUUUCAGAAGCCAGUAAUAGGGAAGUCACCUAUUAAAGUGAGUGCACUAGUUGAUAAUGUAUACCCAAUCCACCAUUUAGUGAAUUAUUAUUUUGAGCAUGCA